AUGGGCUGCGAAUCUGCGGAUAUCGCGUCGAAAGCUCAAUUACAAGUGAUCCGGACCCGCAUCUUCGACGUUGCCCUCAAGAUCGUUGAGUUCCACGACCCCUCCAAGGUUACUCCUACAACAGUGUCCUCUAUUUCGGGCAAGAAGGUCCAAGUGGUGUAUAACCACGACCUGUCCAAGGCGGCCUACAAGGCUUCCAAGAGCGCCACGAAGGGUGACGAGUCAUUGCCCGAAUCAUCCGCUUAUGGCCAGAUUUCGCCGCUGCUUGUCGGGCCGCUAGCACUUUUCACUCUCCCAGCUGUAUCGCCAGCACAUUUGGCCGCUGCGCUGUGUGUCCUCUGCCCGAGCCCGCCCGCGUUCCCGGCGCCGAGCAAGAAGAAGAACCCCGGGUACCACGACGCCAUCGCCCAGGGCGGGCUCCAGAAACUCAUGUUGGUUGGUGGACGGAUUGAGGAUAAGGUUUUCGAUCUGGAUGGCGUCAAGUGGGUUGGCGGGAUUGACGGCGGUCUGGACGGCUUGCGCGCGCAGCUUGUCCACAUGCUCCAGACAGCUGGUCUCGGCCUCACGACCACGUUGGAGGGUGCGAGCAAGAGCCUCUGGCUUACCAUGGAGAGCCGCCGGAGUAUGCUGGAAGAAGAGCAAAACGGGCCCAAGGAAGGGGAGAAGAAGGAGGAGGCAGCCUGA